CAAAGUAGGGGGCGAGGCAGGGGAAGACAGAUUGGUAUAAAGUCUGGAGUUCUGGACACUCCAGAUCACAGUUGUCACAGCAGCAUCAAAAACAAACCAUCCCGAUCACCAUGGCGUUCAAACUGAUAGUGUUUAUUGGCUUGAUUGCGGUCGCACACGGAGGGAUAAUCGGAGGAGGAAUUGCCGUUGGGGGUCCAGCAGCCGUGGCUGUAGCACAACCUGCAGCAGUCGUUCGCACGGAAGACUACGACCCCAAUCCUCAGUACAGCUACAGUUACAGUGUCGCCGACGGUUUAACUGGAGACAACAAAGCCCAGGAGGAAACUCGCAACGGAGAUGUCGUCCAGGGUAGCUACAGCCUCGUCGAACCCGAUGGCACUCGCAGAACGGUCACAUACGCCGCUGACCCCGUCAACGGAUUCAACGCCGUAGUACAAAAAGAUCCUCUGCUCUCCGUCAAAACUGUUGCUGCUCCAGGACCGCUCGUGCGCUCGGCGGUCGUCGCAGCUCCUCAGCAAAUCAUUCGGCAACCGAUCCUCACCUCCGCAACAGGUCCAGCCGUGGUGGCGGCCGCCCCCGCAGCCCUGAUUCGCCCAUCGGCUGUGAUCGCCGGAGGUCAGGUACUCCGCCAUUCUCUGGUCGCUACCGCUCCUCAGCAAUUUGUUACCGGAGCCGCUGCUCCCCUGCUGCGACAAUCCGUGAUCACGGCACCCUCCAUCACGUCAUCGAACAUCAUCAGCGCUCCCUCAAUCCACGGAGGUGUCGUUGCCACCAGCCCUCUGGGAUUCGGACUCACAGGAUUGGGACUUAGGGCCGGAUCUCUUUACGGCACCCAACCGAUAUUGCAGUCUACUUACGGCACCGGAGCUCUCUUGAAGGUUCACUAAAUGCUGACUUUUUACAAUGACUCGUCCCGUUUGGCUGAGGGUCUCUUGGAUUAGGCAAUCGCAUCAUUCGUUAACCAUACCACUUAACUCGACGUAAUUUCAUUGAUUCUCCAUAGCACUGUUGAAAAAAAAAGAUACAAAAAAAGCGAUCGCUUCUUCAAGGGUAUCUAGAGUAGCUCCUCAGAGUAUGACACUUUCGCAAUAACAGAUGAAAAGAAUACCAACAAUAUUUAUAUAUAUGGAAUAAACUUUAUCUUCUGGCAUCUUUGAGUUACAUUUAUAAAAUCACGAAACGCGGUACGAUCGAGUCUGAUCACGAAGAACGACAGAGUUCUUUUUUUUCUAUUCUGACAAUGCAGUGCACGUGUGAC